GAGAAAACACGAUUGACUUUAUUUUUUUGGUCGUCACUGUAUUUGAAUGAAAUACAAGUUUUGUUUAAUGUGCUUUUAUUAGAAUUUUGUACGCGAGGAAUUCUAACGAAUUUUCGCGUAAAAUUUAUAAUAUUGUGACAUUUUUCACAAUUUAUUUCAAAUUAUUGAUUUAUUAAUGAAAUUAAUCUUUAGCAAAAAAUUCGUAGACCUGAUUGCCAAUUAUAAUGUGAUAAAUUUCAGACCACCCUCGACGAACAGACAGAAUCAGAUACGGAAUACAAGAUUACUUUACCUGAGUUGACGACAAAAUCAACAAAUUCAACAUUAUAAAUAUUCAUACUUUAUCUAUAGAAUAUUUUGCCUUCAAAUCUUUCUUAUCUCUCUUAACUUAAUGGAAAUGUUGCUCAAUUUCUUAGGACUGUCAGAGCAGGUAUGCAAAAAAAAUGAUCUCCCUUGGCCCACAGAACACGUGUAUGAAGGCCAGAUUGAACUCUCUUAUCAAAGAGUCAUCGUGAGAGAUUUGACUUUUGUCCAAACCUGACCCACAAAGCGCGGCCUAUAAAAGCUCAGCAGAUCGUCUGGAAGACACUCAGUCGAUGUCGCGCAAUGAAGUGGAUCAAAAGUCUGUGUUUCGUCGCUCUGACGCUCGCUCGCGUCCAGGCGAACGCUGAGAACCUUGAGAAUUGUGAAGAGAGUGAGUCGGAGAGGUGCAAAGUGCUCAUUGGGGAGGAACAGCUACAUCCUGCACCACAGGCGUCCUCGUCUCGCUCCUCAGGAUAUCCGUGGGAGCAGAGCUCAGACUACUGGAUAAAACUGGGCCAGAAGCACGUGGUGGAGAAAGUGAGCAAAAAGCUGAACAAGAAUCGCGCCAAAAAUGUUGUUUUCUUCCUGGGAGACGGAAUGAGCGUCGCAACGCAAUUCGCAACCAGAGUCGCUCUGGGUGGCGAAGAGCAGCAGUUGUCCUUCGAGAAGUUUCCCUUCGCAGGUCUCUCAAAGACUUACUGUGUCGACGCUCAAGUCUCGGAUUCAGCCUGCACAGGAACAGCCUACAUGUGUGGAGUUAAGGCUAACUAUGAAACUCUGGGAGUGAAUGCUCAAGUUCUUCGUGCACAUUGCACCGCUGGUCUAGAUCCAGCCACCCACACUGAGUCAAUAACCCAAUGGGCUUUAGAUGCAGGGAAAUCCGCAGGAAUUGUCACGACAACCAGAGUCACUCACGCGUCUCCUGCUGCCAGUUAUGCUCACAUCGCUUACCGCAAUUGGGAGAAUGAUUAUGAAAUACGUCGGAGUGGCUGCGAUCCGAAGAAAAUCAAGGAUAUCGCUCAACAGCUCAUCCACGGACCCACAGGCAGUCGUUACAGCGUGAUCCUGGGCGGAGGGAGAGGAGAAUUCAGGGACUCGACAAUGGCAGAUGAGGAAGGCGGCUCUGGAUAUCGCAACGAUUCCAGGGACUUGAUUUCUGAGUGGCUCAAUUCCGGCACAGCCAAGAAGAAGUACGUGUGGAACCGCCAGGGACUGAUGUCCUUGCCUUCGGACACAGAGAAAGUGCUGGGAUUGUUUGAGCGGUCGCACAUGCAAUAUUACUUGGAGAGCCAGGAAAAGGGCAGUCAGAAGUCGGAACCAACUCUCGCGGAGAUGACGAGGAAGGCGAUUGAGAUCUUGAAGAAGAACAAGAAGGGAUUCUUCCUCUUUGUGGAAGGCGGUAAAAUCGAUCUCGCGCAUCAUUUGCUGAUGUCAAGAGCUGCUAUUUGGGAAACCAUAGAAUUUAGCAAGGCGAUCAAAACGGCCAGAGAUAUGUUGAGCGAUGAAGACACUCUUUUCGUCGUGACCGCAGAUCAUGCGCACACAAUGACGGUGUCAGGAUAUCCGGUAAGCUCAUAAAUAGAUCUAAAUCUAACUUCAGAGCAUCGUGGAAAUAAGUUCUUUUUCAGACACGAGGAAAUGACAUCUUCGGUGAGGUCGACAGAGAAAUAGCCACGGAUGGAAUGCCUUACAUGACUUUGAGUUACGCCAAUGGAUUGAUGUCCUCAAAUCAAUAUUCAGCCAAAGGCCGAGUAAAUCCU